GCGGCAGCUUUAUCAAACUUGACACUUUUCCUUCCUUUUUCACCUUUUCCGGUGCACCGGCCAUCGGUCACCCACAGGCCGGAGGGAGCAGGAACCCAGCAUCCCGGCCGGCGGCCAAGCCUCGGCGCCGCAGAAACCUAGGAGCGCGCGCCCGGCGCCGCGUCGGGGCUGAGCGCGCCGGCCUGCGGGGCGGGGCCUCGGGACUCCGCCCCUCCCUCAGUUUUCUUGACUCUCCCGCCCACCGCCCGCUUACCCGAGUCGCGGAAUCGCCGCGCCGCCGCUGCCGCCUCCUCGGAAAGCCGGGCUGGGAACGACAGCCGGGAGCGGAACCGCGAGCCGCCGCCGCCAUGGGGAGCCGUGUUUCGCGGGAAGACUUCGAGUGGGUCUACACUGACCAGCCCCACGCACAUCGGCGCCGGGAAAUCCUGGCCAAGUAUCCUGAGAUAAAAUCCUUGAUGAAACCUGAUCCCAACUUGAUAUGGAUUAUAAGUAUGAUGAUUCUCACCCAGCUGGUUACUUUAUACUUAGUAAAAGACUUGGACUGGAAAUGGGUCAUAUUUUGGGCAUAUGCCUUUGGCAGUUGUGUUAACCACUCAAUGACUCUGGGUAUUCAUGAGCUUUCUCACAAUAACGCCUUUGGCCACAACAAAGCCUUGUGGAAUCGCUGGUUUGGAAUAUUUGCUAACCUUCCUGUUGGAAUUCCAUAUUCAAUUUCCUUUAAGAGGUAUCACAUGGAUCAUCAUCGAUACCUCGGAACUGAUGGCAUUGAUGUAGACAUUCCUACUGAUUUUGAGGGCUGGUUCUUCUGUACCACUUUUAGAAAGUUGAUGUGGGUUAUUUUUCAGCCUGUCUUUUAUGCUUUUCGACCUCUGAUCAUUAACCCCAAACCAAUUAGUCAUCUGGAAAUUAUCAAUAUAAUGGUUCAGAUUACUUUUGACAUUAUGAUUUACUACUUUUGGGGAAUUAAAUCUUUAGUCUACAUGUUGGCGGCAUCCUUACUUGGUCUGGGUUUGCACCCAAUUUCUGGACAUUUUAUAGCAGAACAUUACAUGUUCUUAAAGGGACAUGAAACUUACUCAUAUUAUGGGCCUCUGAAUUUAUUGACCUUCAAUGUGGGUUAUCAUAAUGAACAUCAUGACUUCCCCAACAUUCCUGGAAAAAGCCUUCCACUGGUGAGGAAAAUAGCACCUGAAUACUAUAACAACCUGCCCCACUACAAUUCUUGGAUAAAAGUACUGUAUGAUUUUGUGAUGGACGAUACAUUAAGUCCCUACUCAAGAAUGAAGAGGCAUCAAAAAGGGCAGGUGGAGCUGGAGUAAAUAUCCUUACAACCAAAGGAAUUCUUCUUUGAAGCAUUAAAAUAGGUGAUAAAGUAGAAUUUCACAUUAUAGAAGCUAGGACCGGUAAUGCUUUACAGUCAGCCUGUCUCUGUAGUGCUCAGCUUUACUCAUAGGAAAUGUGUGUUGUCAUCAUUGUGGAUCUCUUCACCCAUGUCUGUCAUCUUAUAAGCAUAUCAUUAAAGAAGGCUUUUAAAAAGCCAUUUCUAGCACAUUAUUUUCACUAUAAAGUUUUACUUUAUUAAACUAGCUAAUAAACUGAGCUAUUGGCUGGACAAAGUAGCUCACGCCUAUAAUCCCAGCACUCUGGGAGGCCAAGGCAGGUGGAUUGCUAGAGUUCAGGAGUUUGAGACCAGCCAGAAUAAGAGUGAGACUCCAUCUCUACUAAAAAUAAAAAACCUAGCUGGGCUGUGUGGCGGUCGUCUGAAGUCCCAGCCCCGUGGGAAGCUGAGGCAGGAGGAUUACUUAAGCCUUAGAGUUUGAGGUUGCUAUGGGCUGUGAUGCCAUGGCAUUCUACCAAAGGCAACAGAAACUGUCUCAAAAAAAAAAACCCGAGCUAUUAAUCACAAUAUUUUAGUGUUUGUUGUAUUUUACUGUCUUUUACUAUAACAUGGUAACUUGAGUACUAAGAGAACUCACUUUAAAAUUUUGUCCAAAAAAUAAUUUUAAAAAGUUCUGAUGUAAUAGGUUAGUAUGAAAGGUUGAGAUGGAAAUAAUCUUUUAUUAUAAGCUGAAUUACUCAUUUUUAAGUUUUACUUUUGUACAUAGGAUCUAAAGUAGACACUUGAAUCUUGUACAGCCUUUCUCAUAAAUAAAGUACUUACUGAAUCUAAUCAUGUCCAAUAUUCAGACUUCAAGGGGUUGGGGGUCACCAGAAGAUGGGGUCUUGGCUUUAGGAAUGAAGAGGCUUACACAGAGUCUGUGCUGGGAGACUGAGGAACUCUGGGAGAAGCCCUCUCCAGUAAACCUCCGGUCGGAAAUCAUAAAACAGGAAGUACCGUUUCCCUGAAAAUAAGACAUCCUCCAAAAAUAAGACCUACUUACAGGAAAGAUAAGACGUCCCCUGAAAAUAAGACCUAGCGCAUCUUUGGGAGCACACCUUAAAAUAAGACACUGUCUUAUUUUGGGGGAAACGGUAGUAGACAAAAGCUGCUUCUCUGAUGUUAGCACUGAUUACGGAGGAGAUGGAAGUCAAAUAGAAUGUCUCCACUUUUGUUUUUGCCAAACAGCAAACAUUGAGCACAACCUCUGCCUCCAGCAUCAAGAGACCUUUGGAAGCUAGAGAAUCAUUGCCAUAAUUAUUAUUGCCACACCUCACAUACACAUUUUCUCUUGGAGGCCAGUUUUCUGAUCUGCACAUAGACAACUCAUGGUGUUCUCGUGAUUCUCUAGGUCUCUCAAGAAGUCAGUUUUUGGGCGGUGCCUGUGGCUCAAAGGAGUAAGGCGCGGGCCCCAUAUGCCGGAGGUGGAGGGUUCAAACCCAGCCCUGGCCAAAAAAAAAAAAACUGCAAAAAAAAGAAAAGGUAAGUUUUAUGCUAAAGGUCAGGGCUCAGUUUCCUCUACAAAGACUCCUUUUUCAGAUGUGUUAACUUUCUCAUUAAAAACUCAAAUGGGGGGGCGGCGCCUGUGGCUCAAGGAAUAGGGUGCUGGCCCCAUAUACCAGAGGUGGCAGGUUCAUACCCGGCCCCAUCCAAAAACUGCAAAAAAAACAAAUGGGUGGCGCCUGUGGCUCAGUGGGUAGGGCACUGGCCCAUAUACUGAUGGUGGCAGGUUCAAACCAAAAAUAGCUGGGUAUUGUGGCAGGCACCUGUAGUCCCAGCUACUUGGAAGGCUGAAGCAGAAGGAUCGAUGAACCCAGGAGUUUGAGGUGGUUGUGAGCUAUGAUGUCCGGGAACUAUGCUCAGGGCACAGCAUAUCUCAAAGCAAAACAAAACAUAGCUAGAUCCCUGUCACUGAGAAAAAAAAUUUAAAGUGAAAAACAUGGAUAUGAUGCUAGGCAUUAAAUAAAUCAUGUACUCCCACUGAGCCUUUAACUUCCUUUUGCCUGUAGAACUCUAGCCAAAGGCUACAACUGCCAGGUAAAUGCUGAAAACUCCUACAUGUACUGUAAGCUCAUCUCUCAAUUCUUCUACCUGCUGGAUAUAUUGAGUCCCUUGUCAUCCCUCCCCAAACUGUUAUUUCCUGUUAAGGUACCACUCCUUAUCUGGAUGGAGGUUUCAGUAUCACUACGAGGUGUCUUUUUCUUUUUUGGGAGACAAAGUCUUACUUUGUCACUCAGGUUAGAAUGCCAUGGCGUCAGCUUAGCUCACAGUAACCUCAAACUCCUGGGUUCAAGUGACCCUCUGCCACAAUGCCCAGCUGAAUUUUCUGUUUUUAGAAGAGAUGGGGUCUUGUUCUUGCUGAUCUCAAACUCCUAAGCUCAAGCAAAACACCUGCCUCAGCCUCUCAGCGUGCUAAGAUUACAGGCAUGAGCCACUGUGCCCAGCCCACAGCUGGUGCUUUUAAGUAG